AACCCAAAGUUGAAUUUAUCUUCAAAUCUGGCUCUUUUUCCCUAUUUCCCUAUUAUAAAAACACCACCCUAGAGAAAAACAUCUAAAACCUUUCAUCAGCUGCCAUAUUUCCUCAAAUGGGUAUCUCUAAUAUUUGUUUUCUCUUCUUUCUUGCUCUUCUUUCUUUCUAUUCCCAAACCCAUGCAGCUACUUUUCAAGUCCGAAACAACUGCCCCUUCACUGUUUGGGCUGCUGCAGUACCCGGCGGUGGACGACGACUUAAUCGAAACGAUGUUUGGACAUUUAACGUGAAUCCGGGCACCGUUGCUGCUCGUAUUUGGCCUCGAACUAACUGCAACUUCGACGGUUCUGGCCGGGGUAGAUGCCAGACUGGCGACUGUGGUGGUCUCCUCCAGUGCCAAGCUUACGGCACUCCGCCGAACACCCUUGCCGAAUACGCGUUAAAUCAGUUCAAUAACUUGGACUUCUUCGAUAUCUCUCUCGUCGAUGGAUUUAACGUUCCGAUGGAGUUCAGCCCGACUUCUGGGGGGUGCACUCGUGGCAUCAGGUGCACCGCGGACAUCAACGGACAGUGCCCGAACGAGCUUAGGGCUCCUGGAGGGUGCAACAACCCGUGCACCGUGUUCGGGGGUGAUCGAUACUGCUGCACCGCCCCCAACAGCAGCUGUGGCCCGACGGAUUACUCUAGGUUCUUCAAGAAUCGGUGCCCAGAUGCAUACAGUUACCCAAAAGACGAUGCAACCAGCACAUUCACUUGCCCCGGGGGAACCCACUACAGGGUUGUCUUCUGUCCUUGAAACCAUAUAUUAUAUAAAAAAAGGAACUAAAACGUUACAUGAAUAAAGUAAGAGUAUUCCCAUAUAUACUCUAUCUAUAUAUAAUAUGGUGUAAUUUGUAAUAAGAUCUGGAUGGGGUUGGAAAAUUAGCACAUUAUUUACUGAUGUGCAGAUGAUAUUUUCAAUGGAUAAUGAAAAGUACUUUUUUUUUUCUCCA